ACCCUGCUUCUAGAACCCCAAGCCUAUGCUGUACUCAGACCCCCACCUCAGCCCACAGCUGGGGACCGAGGGACCAAGCAGUCGGGCAAUUAAGGAAAAGGAAGUUGAGGUCACCCUGCAGUUACUCUGGACUCUGACCCACUGAUGUUCCCCCUGGACAGGCUGGAGGCCUUGGCCAUGGGUAGUGGGGGCUGCAGGAGCCGGACUGCGUGCCUGCAGCAAUGAGGACAAGUCUCCAUGUGGCUCUGAGUCCAAGCCAUGUGUCCAGCCUUUUGACCCUGGGGCUGCAGCCUUGACCACCAACAGCAGCAGUGGAUCCUGGAGACCUGAGCACCUGGAGUUCUUCUCCACCAUGGGGGAUGAGCAGGAGGAAGCUGGUCCUGGGCAGCUCGGGGAAAGCACAGAGGACCUCAGCCUGGACUGGGGGGCCCUUCAGGGCAGCCAGUAUCUCCAGGACCUGGGCCUUGAGGCCCCUGCCCACCGCCAGCCUGGAGCGGCCAGGGACAGUGACCCCCCAAGCGAAGCAGCAGGAAGCGGUUCAUCCUGCUCCAGUUCAGCUGGACCCCAGGGCCUGCCUCGGAGAUGCAGCUGGGCGAGGUCCCGCAGCUGCUCUGACGGCUGGCAGAGGUUCAGCCUCGACUCCUCCGCUGUGAGUGAGGGGCCGUGUCUCCCUCGGGCGCUGGCGACCCUUGCCCUGAACCUUCCUGGGGAGAGUCUGCAGGCCUGGACUAAAGAGUGUCUCUCUGGGGGCAGGACCCCAGCGGAGCACCCAGGCAAGGAAGGUGACGGCCUGGAGGAGAGAGUGAGGUCCCAGUCGGUUCCCGUGACCUUGGAUGAGGUCAGCGCCCUGGAAAGCUCUCGGGCUUUGGAGGUGCCCACUCACGCUGCCCAAGGCCUGGAGCCACCGGUGCUGGAGGGUCUGGGAAAGGACCACGUGGAACCGGAUCAUGUGCUGAUGGUCCAGCAGGUACUGCAGGAACUUCGACAGUACCAUGGGGCUCAGCAGAGGGCUCACUUGUCCGUCAGCCCCAGAGAAGGCCCCUCAAACCUCACCUGGUUUGAGUUCCUGUCCGAGAGCGAGGAUGGAGCCAGCAAGAUGGAGAGGAGUGACAGGGGCACCAUCAGGGCCAAGUGCAGACUCAGCUCCCUGCGCAGUCGAGUCAGCAGGCACAAGGACAAGGGGAAAAGCCCCGUCCAGCUGAAGGACAAGGAUCAGGAUGCUCGAGAGAGAAAGGAAUGUGUCACUGGCCACCAGCUGCCGCGAGGAGCCGUCUCUGGCCACUCCCACUGCCCCCUGUGCAGCAAGCCCUUUCUCAGCUCUGGUAAGUAGGUGGCCCAGCCUGUCCCCUUGGAUGGUGGCCACUUUCUCUACUUUUCUAAUCGCGCUUGUGGCCGCCUUCGCUCUUUGCACUCUUGU